AUGCCUAAAGCAUCCGGUGAGUCCUGGGUCUCUAGCAAGGGUUGCUACGUUUAUCGCAAAGUCAUUUUUAAAUUUUCUGAGGAAGACUAAAAGCGUGAUCACUUGGCUGUUCGGACACGACAGAGAACUAUUAUUAUAACCCGGAUUAGAGGCUGUGAGAGUUUUCCUUGAAACUGCUAUAUUCAUUUUAGCCGUGGUGCGGUCGGUUACUUAUAGACGUAUCUUGAACCCUUAUAAGAACGUUAAAAUAGUCCGUAUGACGCUGAAAUAUUGAGUGCAGCAGGAUUUUCUAAGCGAAGCGUAGGUCUUGGUCCAUUUUAAACCCUUGAGCAGGUUUUGCGAUCGGUAUUUACUCCUAAAAUUACGCGAAACCACCAAGUGGUAUUUGGGUACCUUCUGCCACUUUCUCUAUUUCAGACUAUAAGAAUGACCAUAAAGACAUUGAAUGCGGUCUUAACAAAACAAACGGCAUUUUACGUCUCUUAUUUUAAGCUUCACAAACUGUUGAGCCACUUAUUUACCAGAGAAUUAUCUGUGUACUUGCGCUCUUUGAAAUUUAUCCGUUUUCUCGAAUUUCGCUCUGGCCUACGCCAUACUGGGUUUUCACUAAAUUCAAGUUUCUGGUUUUUCAAAAAGUACAUGUUUUGCAUAAAUGCUUUGAAAAUAACUUUAUCUAGCAGUCAACUGGUAUCCGAAAUAAGUACUUUCGAUUUACAUUCUGUCUUAUUACUGAGACGCAGUAAAACAGUACGACAGUAGGACUUUUAGCACUUAUUCAAAGUAUCCGCUGUUUUUAAUCAGAUCACACAAAAUGUGAUACAAAUCGCGGUUUCCUUUUGCCAUGUCCAAAUUUCGUUGAAAAAGCCGCACAUUAAUUCUAACGUAUCGUGAUAGCCUCAAUCAGGUGCUGCAUUAUACUGUGAUUUUUACCAAAAGGCAUAACAAUGGCGCGCGAAAGCUGGAUAAUUUCAAUACCUCGUUUUCUCGACCCUUCUGACGUGAUAUUCAUUACGGAGUACAGCAUGUAUUUUAAAAGUACGCAAGCUGUCAUAAUUAUUGGGCUAGAGCUCUUAGUUUGAAAAUUAAAUUUUACGGGGCUGUAGACAAACGCAUAGGUUAUCAGGCAAUAUUCAGUGAAGCAGGUUAAUAGGUCAGCAUCAGGAACUUGUUAUUCUAACAGGGACAGAAUCCACGUUUGCGUUCUUGAAAAUUAUCUGAGACCCUCCGGAUCUGACAGUGUCUAAAACGAUGUCUUAUUCGUGAUGCAACAGGCAGUUAAUGUCGAUCAUAACACAAUUUCAUGUCGUGCCCGAUGGUACACCGCAUCCGGCAACCGUCACAGGCUGGCACCACCGAUCAUCCAGUAUUUGAGUGACAGUUUAUUAGCUUCUGGAAGCACGCACAGCCCAGUCGUCGACUAACACCUUUUUUCAAUUUAAUUGAUUCCCGAAGUUUAAAGCAUGCAGAAGCAUGUGUGCCGCAAAGACGAGGGGUUGACAUAUAGCUUUAACUGAAGGGAAGGCACUCAUCCUUAUGUGUCAAACGGGCGUUGGAAAAGCCUUUUCUGACACGGUAAACGCAUCGGAGCGCUUUGGUUUUUUUUGGAUAGAGACAGUUUUUGAAAUUAUUUCCAGCCUUAUAGGCAAACGCACAGUUUUAGAAAAGGAACUAAGAGAAGGUGACUGAAAAGACUUUUUCGCACUAUCGCAGAAGGGGGACACUUUUUCGUGCAUUAGAUUAUGUCAAAUAACAGGCCUUACCACGACAGACAGUGACUCCUUUUAAUCGGCAAACUGCUCUAGGCAUUUAAGAGGGGCGGUGUUAUAAGGAUCUUCCUCACUAUAUGCGGCCUUGCGCUACAUUCCCUGGGAAUCAGGGUUAAGAUAAUCGCUGGGGUUUAGAGUCAGGACUAGGGUUAGAAUUAGACGUGGGAUUAGAAGAGCAAAACGGUUCUACGCGUGUCCAUCCAUUAAAUAGUCUUCUAGAGAGAACCUGCCAAGAACGUUUUUCAAUUAAAAACUAGGCAGGGUAACUCUUGUCAGACCAAAAUGGAAUAACCACUUCCUCACGAGAACACGUUGAGGUUUCCCUAAAAAUCUAAGGAAUGUCAGCGGGCUCAGGUUUGAGAGUACGUUGAAAGCAAACGGACCCUCGUAAAUGAGGUCUUCUCUAAAGCAAAAUUUAUUUCCCCCCAUGCUUGCGGCAAAUUCUUGGUAUUUAGCCGGCCGCCGUUGUCGGCAUUUAGUUUGCACGCUUCCAGCAGAAGAUGUAUAUGCUGUGAUGGAUUUCUAGAGUUAUCGCUAAUGCUUAUAACGUCGUUUCAACUUUUACAAAUAGUUUUCCAUUAUUUAAGUCUUCACAAUAAUAGUCGAGAGUGUCUAAUUCGAUUUUCGUCCAAUUGACACUAUAUUGCCGAACAACAGCAUAAUUUAAAAAGAACCAGUGGUUAAAGGCCAUUCUUCACUCUUAAACAUUCUCUUUGAGAACCGCGUGUACAUCAAAGAUUAAAAACACCUUCUUUUUCUUAAAUAAGCCAUCAUUAGAUUUCAUCGUUCGGCCAAGCUCUUUUUUAUGCCAGCGCAGAACACUUAGAGAAUUUGAUGUUGCAAAAGACUAAAUAAUAACAAAGACUGUCAAUAUGAAAUGAAGAUGAAAUCUGCAGUUAAACUUUGACGCCUAAGCAGUGUUUCAAUCGUAACAUUUGACAUGGAAAUAAGUAAUGGUGCAACAAUCAGGACGUAAAAGUGCGCUACUAAAUUACUUGAUACUGAGAAUUUGAGUUAUCGGAAGAAUGGAAUUUAGUAAUUAGCACGCAUGAUUAUCAGCGCCAAUUCCGCAUAGGCUUAUUGAAAAAACUUGCCUUAUUUCCAUAUAUAACCUUUGCCUAUAGAGUUACAACCGUUUUACUUAUAGCCCUUAUUGAAUCAAGAUGGAUUUUGUGGUCUGUGUUUACGCCAGUCGACUGAUGUUUGAGGUACUCCUGACAUCGCACCAAUCCGCAAAAACUGUGAUUCUCAUGAUGGAUUUACCUCCAUGGGACUUUAACGCCGUGUUUCUAGAUUUAAUGAUCAACUCAGAGUCCAAAAUCUACUGACCACGGGCAUGACUGUGCGCAUAGUUGGCGGACUUUCAGUAACUGCAGUAAUUCACGCAAAAUUAACUGAUAUUCAGAAAUAUUAUAUUAGUUGGGAAGGAAUGCUUGAGUGCCGUUGCAAUGUUAGUUGGUAUGCAGUCCUAUCUCAAAAUAUUUCAGUCGCUAAUGCGAUUUAUUAGUGACGUGGUUGUUAACUUCAUCAGAGUAACAACGCAGUAGGGGAAGGUCCCUCAAAUCUCCCCUAUAGCCUAAACGCCUGCGACGCGGUCUAAGUUUCAACAAUCACAUAGACGUUUUUAUAAGUAACUAUGUUAAUUAAGGCUUUUUUGCCUUCAAUGUGUCAAAUUAAUAUGCACAUUUUAGACAGACGUUGUUAGCUUCUCAGUUAUAGCCAACAAGAUACUUUUUUGCUGUUUCGAAGAAACCCGCUCCUUUUAGUUCUUGCGAUUUGAAAGACGGGAGCGCUAACCUUGCUAGAACUCAGGUAUCAACCUCCUCGUUUCAGAGAACACUUUGUGCCUCGAAAAUUCUAUAUCGCUGUACAGUCUCAUUAUCUGCUGACUUCAAAGAUCUUAACUCUUAACCGAAUCAAAAGGUUGGUCAGCCUUAAAUAAUGUGAACUAAAUAAUAACAUUCCCGGGCAACAAAGGAAAAACACAAAACUUAAUAAGCAAACAUAAGCUUUUGAUUUAGGCAAUUUUAGUCCAACCAUUUCUUCCUUAACCGUUCCAGCCAAUCCAGAAUUUAAGCUUUCAAAAGUAAUUUCGGGAUCAGAUUAAUGCCCACUUAGCAGACGAAAAAUCUUUCAAGGUUUUUCGUCAAAUAUAUUAUUGACUGUUCGACUGUCGCUAACAAUAAUGCCUAUCGCGGGGUACCCUGAAGGCGCGUAAAGUCAACAUCAACUUUAAAUGACUACGUAGUGAGAUACGCAGCACAUACAUUCGCCAGUACCUUGCCUCAAUAAUGCUGAACUUCUCAACGCCAGUGACUAUAGCGGGCAGCACAAUUACUUGGAGACUUUUAAAAGUGUUUCCAAUGCAGAUGAAAAUCCUGGAAUACGAAUUUCGGUCUAUUUGCUUCAUCAGCCGGUCUAACUUCGGACACGGGUAUAGCCGAAAAUCCAAAGCAAACUGAAUGCAAAUACUCGCUAACGCAUUUAAUGGAUAUACACGCUGUAUGCUUGAUUAUGGACGAUUUUAAAUGCUAUGGACAUAGCUACUAACGCAUAACCUAUGGCAGAUUGCAUUAGUAUGAGAAUUAAGAUUAUAUUCAGAACUGACCUAAUCAAGUGGUUUAUUUAACAACUAUGAUGGCUUCCGCAACAGAAUCAAUAAUUAAGAAAAUUUUCAAACUUCGAGAAAUUUUCUUUGUAGGACCCCUUUUUGUGAUGUCCCUGACACAUGUGAAAACAAUUAACAGCCCGGUGUAGGGUACUAAUCAAAUUUCUAGGUCAGACUGUCAAAUACGUCAUGUCACAAAAAAUUAAAUUUGAGUUAUCCCGGUCGCGUAUUAAACCCCCGCUUUUAUUAUAUUGUCUGCAAAGCGGCAUAAGAGGGUAGCAGUGAGCACUGACAUUCAAACUGCUGGCAUAAAUUGACAUAAACUUCUUAACUGUCUGCUUGAAUUAUUAAAAAAAUUAGGAAUCCGCCUCACUAAGGCGGAUUUGUUUGAGCCUAGAAAUGAUUACUCAGUAUCUAUUUCCGAAAGCAAUCGAAAUGCAGUUUGACAAGUUACAAUUUUUGGGGGAUUAUUUUGAUAUCAGAAAAACGCCAGACCCCUGUUAAUCGUGAAAGUGCUUGCUUAAUGAACAUCAACAUGUUCUGAUAUGCUGGUCCGCUAAUGAAAAGAACACCCGUGUCAUUGAAACGGAAUUGUGUUAACCCAUCGAUGGAAAAGUAAAGAUCUGUUCGAAUAUUAACGUUAACAACUCCAAAACAACAGUUUUACAUCGACGAGAUGGCAAAGGCGGAGGGAAGUACCUUGUUGAACUGUCGGUAGACUGCGAAUCGUGUCAUAUGAGGUUUUAUCUCGGCAACCAUCUGCAGAUCGUUGAAGACGUUACACUGCCAAUAACACUUGCCUCUCAUAACCUUUAACUAUUACUCGAACUCCGCUAUUUUUUAAAGUUGGUUAUUUUUAUUAACGAGCUUAUUUCCGUAACCACACGAUAAGACUUGCGGCAGGAAUCCAAGCAAUUUGUGUGUCUAAUCGCAUUUUGUCAGCCUACUGUCUGGCGUGCUGCCCACCCGUAAAAUCCCCAUUACCACACUUUUCGUAUGCCACGAUCCACGGACUACCGGCAGUUAAGUGGUGUCCUUCUCUAUACCGUUGCAGACGAGAGCAUUUAUGACAGUGUCUGAUUGGCCGUCCAUUGUCCCGCCAAUCAUGAUGCAUGCGCCAGCGUGCAAAUGGCCACUCCAACCAAAAGUUUACAGAAGAGCCGCCAACACCAAGGAAACAUUGUACCCCAACAGCAACUACCCCGGAGUUGGAAACUGCGAGCUUGUUCAAACUGCGAUCUGAUGUUGUAGGCCAGCUGACGUAAGACCCUGGUGUUUGCACUUUUCUAGCCUCGCCAGGAUGGGCAGAUAUUCAGAAAAGUAUGACAUACAAAGUGCUAGCGAUGUCUCUUAAUGCAAGAAGUGUCUGACCGCAACGACCCUCUGGGUCAGGCAGACACUAUCAACCAGAGACCAGAACUCCUGCCGUGUGAUGGAAUCGAGGGACGUUUCAGAGCUUACUGACACGUCGCCACAUGUCUAGUAAGUAUCCUGCAGGAAUGGAACCCGCGAAAAUAUGUCGUGGGAAACAGGCAAAAAGUGCCCUUACGCACGCAAACUGGCGCCGAGGGGGCUAGACUCUGUCUUCAAACUCACAGCAGGCAAUGGGGCAACUGAACAAACAUUUGCACUUCACGGAGCAAUCAUCCUGGAUCGAGACGUUUUGACGAAAUCACAGCCCGCAUUAGAGGAGCGAUUCUCCAGUGUCAGUUCUAUCCCGACUUCUUUCUGCUCACGGGGUCCAACCGUAUUGUCCCUUUAAAAUCCCGGCAGAGGCAAAAUUCGCAUGCUCAACUAGACACCUCCAUUUAGCGAGGUUGCUCCAUAGGGGCACUGGAGACAUUGCGUCGAACGGAUCCCGUAACGGCUCAACGAUCCAUCGUCGAGUUGAUGACUGAAAACGCAGGCAGAUAACCCAACGCCACGAUUCUCGAGAGCGUUAGGCAGCCACCAAAAUGGGAGGCCGCAAGUGUAUAGGCAAAGUCGAUUGGUUAAAGGCCUAUUAUCCCUGGCAAUCGGAUGACUUUCUGCUUAGUUUUUUUUUAAAUUAAAGUCCUUCGUAAUAAACGGUCAAACCAGCCCUGUCAUAUUGCCGAGACAAUUUUUUAACCAGCGUCUUCGAUGUCAUGUUAGUCAUCUGGAAUAUUCAGUCUUACUAUUUUGCAUUCUGAUCUCUUUCGCAGCACAGAUCGACUAAUCCCUGAUAGGUUUACACGAAAUCAGCUUCAGUGAUACAGGCACGACAAGACCAAAUUAAUGUCAUUAUUCACAGCGAUUCAGCCCUUGUCGGCUCACAGGUAAUUUUUGGGGGCUUCGAAGUCUGACUGGGUAUAACAGCCAAAUUUCUAUUCAACUCCUGUGCCUUUAACGCAUUUGCGGCGAACAACGAACACGAUCCUCCAGAUGCAUAAUAAAUGCUUUCCAGCUAGCGCCAAAUAAUCGCCAGCUUAACACUUUGACAGUCUGCAACUUGUCAACGCACAUUUGGAUCUUUAUCCAAACGGGCAUCGACCGAUAACCCCCCCCCCAUCCCCACCCACCCAGACUCUCUUUUAUCCACCGUAUAAUGAAGGACUUUCAUUAUUUUAACACUCAGAGCAAACUGCAAGAAGACUUAUAUCGUUAUGCAUUUCAUGUCAGCACUCCGACUGCUGGUACUCAUUGAUAUCCCUCGCGCACACUUGCAAACCAUAAAUUAUAGGCGGUCCUAGAUUUGCAGGCCGGCUUCUGCAGACUAAUUCAAGUACAGUUUUACUGGUGGUUAAUUUCUCUAACAUUUCACUUCUUGAAAGACAGCCGAACGACACCGAGGGUGAAAAAUGCAUUCGUUUAUUUACCUCAGUAGUUUAUUCCGCCAUAUAAUACUUCCAACUUUAAAGAAUUCAAUCUUUUACCAGCGAUGCCAUGAUUGCUUAUGCACCUUUAUUCUUCUGUCGUCAGACUUUAUUCCCGUAAAACAGAAUUUGCCAAGAUUUGUCCCGGCUUAAGUAUACAGAUUUUAGGAAAAUAGCCUGUUGGCAAGUUGAGAAACGCUCGUCAUCAACAGACGGGCAAUUCUGUCGCCAGUGACAUGUCUUUAUCGAGAUUAUUCUGACUGGCAUGCCUCCUCUUCCGAAAGUUCAUCUCAGAGGCCACAUAUAUAUAUUUGGAAGAGCAAGCUUUUGUUACCAGAAUAUGGGCCUUCCUCGUAAUUCUGAUCGUCUAAUCUGCAAACAACUUUAAGUAUAAUCCGAUUUUGAUCUUGAUCAAAGUAAUGUCUUUUAAAACUGAAAAAACUACACCUGAGAUCUGACGCAGAAACUAAUGCUACCACAAUGCAUUAAGGCUGGAAUCACUGUGGGUUUCAUAAAAAAUAAAUUUUUCCUGAAGUGAAUUCUGACUACAGCCGCAUCUUACUAGUAAAAGAGUUCCUUCAAAAGCACAUUAACACAACUGACAAUUGAAGUUCACAGUUUCUUUAAUAAUUGCCCGGGGACUAUUCCAGACCAUGAUUUGAAAACGUUGUCCUUUUCCUACUCACUGGAUUUAGGAAUUGUAACAACGAUCAUUCUUUCCACUUUCAAAAAGAAGACUGUUAAUUUAUGCUAACCGUGGUGACAAAUACCGGAAGUUAUUUCUAAUAAACUGAAAUGGGACGUCCUACGAAAAUUAUAGGCAAGCCUUAGCUAUAGAAGUUAAAUCAUUUAAUCCUAUUUGACACCUAUUUGCAAGAAAUUAAGGAGCAAAUUCCCUUGCUUUGCAGAAAGAAGUACUCACACCCCUGUCCUUUUUUCAGUUUUGUCCAUAAGUGCGUCUUUUUACUAUUUUUAGGAAGGAGAGCGGCCUCCACUGGUUAGUUUGCCAUAGACUACAGCAUGUGUUAUACGGAUCUUUCUUCAUGAUCUGGAUCCAUCUACUUUACGGUACAGAUUUUAGCCUGCCGGACUUUGGUUACAUUGAUUUUAUCUUUUAAAAAUUUAGAGCAAUGUCGAAAGAAGGAGGAUUUCAGCAAAUGUAAGUCAUUUGUUGAAACAGGACAGUGUUUAAUCUGAAGAAUAUUAGGGUAGUAACUGUACGUAUUAUGUGCACCUCAAAUAAAGAAACACUGUCCAAAUUGUAUUGCUUUCAGUCCGUAAAAAUUGUUAAUAUUUCAUCUUUUCUCUCUAAAUAAGAACAUAUAGUGGGCAGACACUGUCAUUAAGCGCAAACUGACCUACUAAAGCCAAAUAUACUUAUCUGCAGAAAGGUAGUAUUAACAAGGACAAGAGAAGUUAUGAUAACACGUUUCUGGACUUAAUAACGUCCAUUGACCAAAAAUGUAGGGCGAAUCUCAGGGCAUGCUAUCCUGGAUUUGGACCAGACUGGCUGACGACAAACAGUGGGCCAGAAAUGAUUAUUCCGGUAUCUCCUACCUGCAUAUACUACUGAUCACCUAGAGUCACAACGAGAUGGAUAUUAUCUGUAAAUCGAUCUAUGGAGGCAUUUCCAUCAUGCAUAUGUAUGUGUAUUAUAUGUGGUAUGUGUCCUAUGGCACAGCGUUCGUUGUCGCCAGUAGCAAGCUGGCGGGCGUUCAAAAUGGGAUCGAGUGAGAUCCUAACCACAACAGUGAGAGUCAAACGCCCACUUGACAUGCUUAUAUUACCUCACUACGUAAGCCCUAUGACUGAUGAUCGGUAACGACCGUAAAACAGCUGUCCACGUCUGGCCUGUUGCAUUCUUGGCGAACUGCUUAUGUAGUAUAUGAGGUUGUGUUCUAUGACAAAGAGUUCCUUGUAUGUGUAUAUAUAUACCGUGCUCACUGUCCCUCAAAGAAUAUGAAAAUGAAACAUCAGUUCAAAUAUAUUUAGCUCCACAAACCCCUCUCCUUUUCGUCUUUUCGGGGAUGAUUAACACACCAAGAUGCCUGGACCUCUAAUAUUCGCGUGUAUAUAUGUCGUAAAUUACAUAACAAUUUAUCAGUAAUAGCGACAGUCCAAGGCUAAGAUGGCGACUGACAGUUAACACUUUAAUGAGAAACAUUUUAGCCAGUCUUAUUCAGCUUUUUAUAGUCCUUCGUUCACAACGGGUAAGUUUAAAUGGCCUUCGGAUGAUCUUUAUAUAUUAGAAUAGUUGUUGCUUCGUCAUCACGUUCGAGCUCGAUGAGAUCGCAGCUCCUUGUCACGACCCUCUCCCCCCCCCUCAAAAAAAAUAUCCCUGCGUUCUAGUAAGUAGUCACUUACAUGGUUCGACCAUCGCGAUCGAGGACGUCCACUCUCGGCAUCAAGACAUGGUGGGCGAAGGGACGGUGACUUGUGCGUGAAUCAGUUUAUAGUGACAGUAGACUUGCGCUGCAUCCACCGCCCUCUCUCCUCCACCACGCACCUCAGCCCACUGUCAAGACAGGGCCAAAAGACCGGAGGCUGGCUCGGAGGCAGUGACUACUAGAGCUCGACAGUCCGUCUCUGGUCCGUGCACCGAUGGCCUGGGUUUCUGAGGAACAAAAAGGGCGCGGCUUUGACCCCAACAGAAUGGGAGUGUCAUUGAAGGAGGAGCCAGUGCAGUCUAGCUGGGGACAGGGCUAUUACCCCAGUUUGCGGCCUUCCAAGCCACGGCUUUUGGCGUAUCGUGAUAGUUUAGUUGCUCGUCAGGUUAUUUUAUGUGACAAAUACUUGCUGAGUUCCGCGAGGACGGAGUCCGUAGAGUUGACCCCAUCUUCGCCUCCCUUCCCCCGGACGUUAGUCCACUGUGCGCGCCGAUUAGCUAUCUACUGUUGGCAGUGAGCGCACGGGGCUGGCAUAGUUAUACAGACCGUCUACGCGGGCCACGCACGACCCGGCCCCAGCGCGACGCACCAAUAAACGAAGACACGCAAUCACGAACUCAAUCUUUACUUAUUUUAACGUCUCAUCUUGGGGGCACCAAACCGCGCACACAGGUGUAAUGUUCCCGUUGUCCAGUACGAAGAAUUUGGCCGAGUUUUGGUGACCGAUAAAAUCCUAUUACCCGUUAAUGGCGAUUCAUAUUAUAGGUGAAUAUGUAUCACUUUUCCAGGUGCCUGCCAGGCCGACUAACGCAAGACUCACUGAUUUGUCUAACGUUUUGGUCUAAAGUCGAGACGACUAUCAGAGAUCAUGGAACGCACAAACACUUCCGCAUCGAAGGAUUCACUGGCUGCGCGAUCAAUGCAUAAUAGAGUCAGCAGGUUUAAGCAUUCACAAUGAUGUUCGCAGUUGAUUUGGUUACUGUUUCGUUGUCUGCAUUCAAGUAGUAUAUUAACGAGUCUUUAUUGUCCACGUUAUCAUACGCAUUUUGAUUAUCCUGCAAUUUGGCUCGUCAGUAAUGUAACCAGGAACAGUAGCCACAUACGCGUUCCACGUGCACCUACUUAAUCUACACACAGAUAAGGUCUAAGCAGUGGAUAUGGAGAGCUGUCAUUGGGCUUGUUAACCAACCUUGGGCCGCAUAACUGCUCAGGUAGAUCAGUUUUCACUUCUGGCGAGAAUUUCGACAUUGCCGAACCUGAGUCGUGGUCUGGGCGUGGAUAUCAUUCCUCUUGGUCGUCGAUGCCCCUUCGGUCACCCGUGUUCGGAAUAAUCUUUCAGUAUUCCGACGUAAUUUCACUGUCCACAACCGUUUCAUUGCAGUGCGUCCCAUUGCGCCAAUAGUGCCGUCUUGAAUGGCCUCACAAAUUGGCAAAUACCACACAACUGCUGAUCUUCAAUAGCAAUCGCCGAGCCACGCAUAUACUCUUGCCCCACUAAUUGGAUUUCCUUAUACUCAACUGCCCCAUGGGACAGAAGUUUCUUUCUAUAUUUUCCAGCUGGUAGUUUCUCGGUUGCUUAUUAACUGCAUCCCCAAAAUAUUGAACAUGGCUGCGAGCAUGGCUAUUUCUAUUUGCUACGCAUGAGAGAAUCAGAGCUCCGUAUGAAUGGGCUACUUGUCCCGACUAUCAGAUUUUUCCUAUAUGCCGUUACCGAGACCCUAUCGUUUCGCAUUGUCGAAUCAACGGACUUCCUAAAAAUAGGGAUGUUUCCCACGACGCGCCAGACAUCUUCUAUUAUAUAGACUUUGGUGACUUGACAUACCUAAAUACGUAGAUUGGUCAUACGUUCAAAUGACCCCUGGGUAAGCUUUGUAGGUCGUCUCUUUUUAAUAACUCGACUGUAACCUUUUAAUUGGUGAAGACAUCCCACAUAGUUUCCCGUGCAAACACAAGGUUCGCAAUGUGAGAUGUUUCAUUGUCAUCAGUAAGGGAAGUGUGAACUUAGAGUAUAGUACUCCAAACACGUUAUUUCCGGUCCACUGCAAUGUUUUGUGAGCAGCCGAGCCGAGUUUUAUCAACCUAGGCAAACUUACCACAUAUUAUACAUAUAUUUACGCUAACUUGCAAGUUCGCAGUUCCGUUAGGCCUCUGCCAAUGCGAUUGUUUAUUAAAAUUUCAGGUGCGAUUUACCUCCCAUUCGUGGUGCUAUCUGACGCCACUCUGAAUAUAUUUUUUUCCAUUUUAGUUGAUUUUGUAUGUCCGUCAAAGAAAACCGCAUCAAACUGUGAGUCAGUCUUACAAACGACUGUAAUUAAGAACUGGGCAACGGUAUAGAAAAGGACCACAUUUAAAUGUCAGUAGACUGUGGAUCGUGUCUUAUGGGGUUUUAUCUUGGCAUACCUAUGCAGGCUGUUGCCGAAAUUACACUGCCAACAGCGAUUACUUCCCAUGACCACAACCCUUAACUCAAAAUACGUCAAUUUUGACAUUUGUUUUUUGUUUAUCGUUCAAUUACUGCUCUCAUUUCCGUUGUUACACAAUAGCGUGGGAUGAUACUUUCGGUAGAAAUCCAGACAAUUUAUGUGUUUUCUUUAAUUUUGUCAGCUUACUGUCUAGCGCAGUGCCCCACCCAUAAAACUCCCUUUACCAUAAAUCUCGUAUGGCACGAUCCACAAUUUAUUGACAGUUAAGUGGGGUCCUUCUCAAUACCGUUGCCAAGAUCUGUUGACGAAGUAUCCACCAGGCAAAGCAGCAAACUAAAAAAAGCUUAUUUUAAUGAUGAAGGCAGAAAAAUUGGAUACCAAUUUUCAGCGUAUUUGCCGUUAUCAGCCGGUGAUAGCCCAAUAGUGUAGUGCACAUGCACGAUCCGAAUCUCGAGUCAGUUGACCAUCGACUGGAGCGGUCACCACUGCAUUAGCAGUCUCACUUAACGUCGGCUGAACUCGUGAGUAUUUAGCCAGGUGAGAAUGUCAGGUAACAAUCUAUAUUUAUUACAGACGCAGCACAAUUGGACUGCAUAUUUCUUAAGCAGCAAAUACUUAGAAAAGCAAGAAGUAUGUUUGUAUGUAAACCAUGGAUUCGGUUUUAACUCCAGAGAGACAAGCAGUCGACGAACAACUUGAAGUUCGCAUCGCAGAUGUGUUCCUUUGCAUAAAAUUAUCAUUGGCUGAUAACGGUAAAUAAACCAGGAAAGGCCGUUCCCUUGUCUCUGUCUUUUGAGACGAGAUUUUUGACUUGUUAAUCGGUAGUCGUCAUUCGAGCCGCCGCGUAAGUCGCUCACGCUGCGACCCGCAUAGACUGAUGUAUGCCAUUCUCCCUUAACAAGGAAAACAGUUUAAUGGACACCAGAUUGUUUCUCUAUCAAAACCUGAGGAAAGGUAAGCAUGUCUCGUAUAAAAGUCUUCUGGAUAUUUUAGAUGACAUCAUCAAAAGUAAACCGCACAAGACGCGACGUAAGUCUUGUCCUUAUAUGCUUAAUCAAGUGAUUUUUUAAAAAAGACAGUACUCAACAGUAUUUAAUGUGUCAUACUUUCCAGAGUCACAAGCGAUCACUGCACAGGCUGAUUGAAAACUGUCUUAAAAACCAACGAAAUGUUAGCCUGCAAUUUUAGCAAACUAUUCUGACGUGAUUCGCCUAUUAAAGCCAGCACGGAUAUAUUACAACAGCGAACUGUAGCCCACUUCUAAAAUGUCGUGAGAUGAACUUACCUUCCGCUAUUUGCGACCAUCUAGAGUUAAUUAAUUGAUUUUGUUGCCGGUCACGCGUAACGCUAGACAAAUAAGACGGACACGUCUCCUAUUUAUACUUCGAAGCCGUUUUUAAGGAUGUUAAUUUCAUUUGAAUAGAACAUUUUGGGCCAAAACAUCUAUAACCGGCUCGGAGACUGUUAUUAUUUAUUAUUUACUGGGGGCUUUAUCCUGAUUUGUGCUGAUUUUUUUCGCGCGGUUUGUUUUGCUGCUGUAGCACGCGCGCACUCCGAAGACUUGACAUGCCUGCCUACCUUGCCUUCUGGCGUUGACCGUUUUAUUCAUUUCGUCUUACCGUACAAUUUUUCCAGCUGCUCCUGACUGUUUUCUUAACCCCUUGAUUGUGGUCGUACAAAUGACCUGAGUACGCGAGCAGACAAACUGACUUCAAUUUGGGCCAAUCAGAGAGCGGCAGUUCGUCCAUGCCUGCCUCUGCCGUCCCCUUACUUGAGUGUUCACCGUUGUUCGAUCUUUCCCCCUCCCCCUCCCCACCUGAGCUGCUAAUUUGUGCAACCGGACGAUGGGCCAUUAGAGUCGUCACCUUCCACCCCCUGCCCCCCAUCCCAGGGAGAGUGGCUUGAGCUUUUGCAAAGCCAUGCCAGUUACGUACCUGUCCCGACUGACCUGAGUUCCGACCUGCAAACGAUCUUGUCCGCUUUGAAGGCAAAUGCUGCGCUCCCUGAAUUCGAACUAGGAAAAGCAUAGGUCAAAUUUGGCCGGGUGGUAGUCUUGAUGAGGGGAUUAACAUCCCACUAGCACAAACGACCUGCCUUUGUGCUUCCUCGUCUUACUCGAAUGGCCGCUUGUCGUGAAAAACUGACUUCUUGCGGAUAUGAGGAUACAUUUGGAAGUACGAUAGUCUAGUCUUACAUCUGGUAUAUUUCAAUGUAUUCCGAAACCGUAUGCUUAGGCGUGCCUAAAACAUUCCGUAAUUGCAUGUUUUAGAAUAUCGAGGGGAAGUAAAAAUAUCAGAAGGUCAGUUAGCUUUUGAGAAAACAUAGAAAAAAUAUAUCUUGGCACGCAUAUAAACACUAACAUCUAUUUAUAUUUUCAGCAAAUAUCAAUAACAAUGUGUCGCAAGCCCAUCGUAAGUCUGAAAUUCAAGAAAUUGCAUGCUGAAUGAUUUAAUGUAUAAACUUCGCCAUUGUUUCGUGUCUCGUUUUGUCAGUGAGACAAAGACGGCUUCUCCUCAGGUUUACUGCUUCUAUAAAUCAUUUACAUAUCAAAUUGAAGAUUCGAGUCUGAUAGGGCCUGCUUAUUCCCUUAUUCCCGCGUUAAUCCAUUGCUAAGGUCGUCUGCGCUGACAAUGAAACAUGUAGUGACAUAACAUCACAGAUUAAAAAGAUACUCACCACGAAGGUCACUUUUCCUAACAAUGCAUUUUUGACUGCAGAUGAACUGAUGGAAGUCAAGGUGAACAAAAAACCCGUGCGCAGUAAGUUUUUGUGGGAUAAGUGUUCAAUAAUUCCUGCAUAUAAUGUCUCCGGUAGCUUGUGGGACGAGACUAACUGAACAAAAACUGCUCAGUUGAAAAGACAUCCCGUUUAGGCCAAUCAUACGUUUGUUUGGGAAUGCAGGUCUUACCGCCAGACCCCCCCCCCCCGGCGAGGCGUCUCUUUGUCCGUUCGGUUACUCUAAACGUAGCUGCUUAUUCUAAAAUUCGAUCCGGUGCCGUAAAACAUCGAAAAAAAACGGGGCUUUGAACCAUACUCCCUAGCCGGUGUUGGGACGACCGCAGUUAGCCAGGGACUGCAGUUCUUAAUCUGCGCCUAGUGGAAGGCCAAGUAACAUUUGCAGUUUACGGCAAACAAGCCACACAAGCUCAAGGUCCCUCUUUGCGAUCAGUUGUGAUCCUGAAUUGUGGUUCUGAGAGCUGAGAUCCGCAGAAUUGCUCUAAGAUACCCCGGUUUGUCGGACUACAUUGUUAAGCUCUAAGUUUCCGGCGAAAUGAAUACUAGGAGACUUAACGAGUAGCGUGCAUGUCAUACGGCAGCAAGUAUACUAAAGAGCGGGGCCUUUUAAAAUGCUGACUUAGCCAGUUAGUACCGGUUGAGGGAUGUUUCGAACUGACCGAAAAAGGGCAGCUUACGGGGAUGUGUCUAACUUACGAUUUGCCAUGAAUUAAAAUUCUGUUAAUUAGUAAGCCCUUUGUCGUGUGAUACAGUGAUGGACUUUAUAUAGAACACUAGCGGUCGUCAGAGAUCAUAGUGGGAGAGGGUAGAUUCGGCUGCUGUAGUUGAUUGUCAGAAGAUUGUUUGCAAAUUCGUUCUGAACUGUCUGAAAGUAUUUUCCUAACAUUUUCAGUACUUUUCAGUAGAAUUUACGGAAAGCAUAAUUAUCUCUAGUACAAGUUUUUUUAGGUUCACAUAGAUUGUAAACACGAAUUCUCUAGAACGAACAACCAGAAAAAUAUCCUAAACUUGACAAGAGAGAGUAUCAUGAGUAAGACUGCCAAGGCCCUAUCUUGCCGCUAGCCUAAUUAACCUACUAAGGAAGUGAGCUAGUUCCAAAUGGUUAAUUCGAACGCUGUCCCCCCCCCACACAGUACCUGUAUGAAGAUUAGCAUUCAGUGUUUGGAACUUGAAACACAACAUCAAUCACACCAUCACUCCCCCAAACUCGGUUUACCCAUGUACAGUGAGUGACCGAUCUCAUGAAAUGUUGGCUGAAAUUCUGAAACGCGUUUUCGAUUAGGAAGGAUUACUUGGUCGCGGUUGUAAUAAUGAUUUUCUUAAGGCAUACUCUUAUAACAUUUCGGACUCGGCAGGUUGUCGGCUUUUAAAUGCACUUCUUUUUAAUCUCCUAUAGAAGGCGUGCUCGGUAAAAAAUGACUACUUAACUAACAUGCCUUUUUUCCAUUGAUUUUUGAUGGUCUUGAACAUUCAAAUAUAUUUUAUAGAAACUAUAAACAAAACUAUGCUUUCCAUUACUCAGUCAAUAGAAAAUUACGUCUUCUUUAUAUUUUAUAUUUAAGGAAGGAGUAUAAUUAGGUUUUAAAAAAGUUUCUAAUUAAGAGACUUUUUAAGACCGCGACAUGUCCAUUCACAUAGCAUCGUAUCUGGCCGUUUACCACUGCUCCUCAUGGAACGUACAACAUGGUCCGCAUCCAUUACAAAAUUUUAUGGACUCUGUAUGAUAUCUCUUUAAUGGCAUAGAAAAAUAUGUGAUUUUCUUUACGCGGAACGAAUGCAACUUGUAGAGUGAAACCACUAAGCGCUAGUGCAACGAAUGUUCAGGCUCCAAAUCAUUCGGCAAUUAGAAAACUUUUUAAAACCUAAUUGAGGAGCAGUGGUAAAUGUGAAUGGACAUUUCGCGGUCUUAAAAAGUCUUAUAAUUAGAAAUUUUUUAAAACCUAAUUAUACUCCUUCCUUAAGUUUUAAAUAUAAAAACGACGUAAUUGUCUAUUGACUGAGUAAAAGAAAGCAUAUUUUUGUUAUUGGUUUUUAUAACAUAUAUUUGAAUUUCCAAGACCAUCGAAAAUCAAUGGGAAAACUGCAUGCUAAUUAAGAAGUCAUUUGUUUACCGAGCACGCUUCCUACAGGAGAUUGAAAAGAAGUGCAUUUAAAAGCCGACAUCCUGCCGAGUCCGAAAUGUGAUAAAAGUGUGCCUUAAGGUAAUCAUUAUUACAACCGCGACUAAGUAAUCCUUCCUAAUCGAAAACGCAUUUCAGAAUUUCAGCCAACAUUUCAUGAGAUCGGUCACUCACUAUAUCUUUCGAAACAUAGCGCGACGAUGGCGGUAGCGGUCGUCGUAUCGCUUGCGCUUUGACCCACUUUUAUUGAAUCUUCUGCGGGAAGAGAAAAACAUGAAUAGGUCAGCAUAUUUCUGUAGGCGCCAGCCUUCUAAAUGAAAGCUGCGGUGUUUCCGUAAACGUCAUUUCUAUUUUGAAUCUCUUUGCAAAACCGUUACUUUCUCGCGCGGCAGCGUCCCUACGAUUAGCAGUGAGGAUAGUAAAACAGACGGAGGUGUGCAUUUGAACUUAUGCUUGAUUUUGGCCCUGAGUGUCCACUUUCGCUCAGAAAGUCUGUCCAUGUAGUUUAUGUUGGCCUUUAGCAUCAGGACAAAUCGCGCCCACCACUUGGCAGCUAAUCUGUAUUCAGUCAUAUAUAUAUGAGGCACCUUAUUUUCCAAAUAAUAAUUUCGGGAAUUACAAUUUUAUGUCGUCAUGCAUGAUCACCAUGCAGAACAAAUAUACCCUGCUGGAACUUGAAAUGGCAUUUUACUUUAGGCAGGCCAACCAGACGAAGCCGUUCACGUGGUAAGUGCGAGUCCGCCUAUUAAUUAAUUCUGGAAUUAAUAGUGCAGUAAACGACACUUUAUCAAAUUUAUCCCAUCCAUUGAAGGUACUCAUAUUUUUGACUUUUCAUCAUAGGGAAAUCACAUCGGAAGUCUUCAAAAUCAGGUAAGCAGGCAUGCUAUCUUGCACAUGUCUCCAGUCUUCACUGCCCCCCUUUAAACCACCUAGAACUUCGAAAUUCUCCAUUAACACACAUUCAUCCAGCUAUGAAAGAUUUAAUUUUCAAAAUUGCAACAGCCCUUAACGCUUUUUUCGAAUUUUUCAGUUUGUCCCAUCCAUGGUACGUGGGAAACAUCAGAGAUUUCUUGAUGCUUAACAUCUUACUAAAUGUGUACACAUGAUUGGAUUCAACAGAGCAACUCAGAGCAGUUUUAAAUUUCCAGAGAAUGCAGAUUAUUUCAUGAUCUCCAGUCGCUGGGCUCCUCCCGAAUACUCAAAGGUCCUGACAGUACGAAGCCUUCCAAAGCCGCAGUGUUUGAAAUAUUAACUUGUCUCAAGGUGCUUUGUACGACCCGGAUACCAUCCCGUAAAGCAGUUUGCAGAAUUUCCCGUCGUUUGCUAGACGCCUUAAACUGCGGCUGAAGUUACAGGGUGUGAAGCUAACUGGAAGUGCUAAAUUGUGUUCUUACUACUGACCCAUUUUUUGUUACAUGUUACGUUAAAUCUGCAGCUGGUCACAUAUAUUAUUCUUCGGACUGAGUGGUAACAAGUAAUGAAUAGGACUCACGUUUUCGGAGGGGGGAUUCGUUUCUAACUGUUUUGAUUAGCAGACCUUUACACAAAGGGAGUUGACUAUUAGGGUUCUGACUAUACUAGUUACUCCAACCUUACCUCUGCUACUAGAUGAUAAUCCUGAGUUGUUGAAUAGACUAUGGAUGGAUAGCAAAUAACUGCACGAUUCAUUCUUGCAGAUCACAUUACCUAAGCCAUCGGACUGUGUCAGAUCUGUCGUGUGAAAUGACUUUAGAGAGACAGUAUGACUUUAUGGUUCCAAAUGCUUUCUAGGAGCACACAAAAGACGUUCGAGAAAACGCUCUUCUUCUUCCUCCUCCUCCUCUUCGUCGUCGUCGUCCUCCUCCUCCUCGUCGUCGUCGUCGUCGUCGUCUUCCUCCUCGUCGUCAUCGUCCUCCAGAAGCUCCUCUUCCUCAUCAUCUUCCCCGUCACUUUCUCGUUCUCGUUCAAGUAAGUCGCAGAGCUUGCUCAUUGGUUUAAAUAAACAGUAUUAGAUUCAGCCUUCCGAAGACGAAUGCCUUGGUUAAGUUGAAAGUAAAAAGCCUCGGUAGCUGGAGCAAGUUUCGAAAAAAAGAAAAUGCAAUCGCUCGUUAGUCCACAUCCACACAAUUUAUUCAUCCAUAUCGGAUGUCGACAUGAUUAUUACUCGACAGUUUGGCCCGCUGCCACCUGGUGUGUUGUUUGCCAGCGCUCUCCCCACGGGCCGAUUCCCCUGCCCAAGGAAUGUCUCAGCACCGAAUAUGGUACCGGGAGGGCAUCGCGCUCGUUAACGAAAAACGAGCCUGAACAGCUUGCAGUCCAGGCAGUUAUCACCUCCUACGAGGAGUUCACCCUCUUGAAACUUCAAAAUAUGGCCGUGAUUCGUGGAAUGAGUCGCCAACUGAGAGCUGGAGUAUUACUACUCAGAGUCACAGUAGGUGAAAUAACUUAUGAAAUGUUAACGUAAAUUCCGAAAUGAGUUUUCGUUUCGAUAAGAUUACUUAGGCAGGGUUGUAAAACUAAUCAUUGGGCAGCAAAAAUUUAUAAAAAAUUCAGCUACCUCAGGACGCCGGCCAUCGAAAGAACUUCUUUUUGAGUGCAUACAAAAACCGUUCUCUGUAAGAAUGGCUACUUACGUAGCAGGCAUCCUUCCCGUUGAUUUUCAAUGCCCUUAAAUAUUCAGUUAUAUUUCAUGGAAUGUAUGAAUAAAAAUAUUUCUUAUUUUGCCAGUUCGGUGGAUAAUUACGUUUUUUUCCAGUUUUAUACUCCAAGGAAGGGUAUAAUUCGGUUUUUAGAAAGUUUCCAAUUGUGAAAUUUUUCAAUACCGUAAAACGGCCGUUCAUUAAACAUCAUGUCUCUGCAUCUACGAAUGUAACUUGGUAAUUUAACAGUAUGGCUCAUAUUAACUCCCAAAUUCUAUAAAUCCCAUAUAGUCUCCUCUUAAUGCUGUAGAGGAAUGUGUGGUUUCCGUACGCGGAAGAUGCACGGCUUGUAGCUUGGAAAUCCUGAAUGCAAGUGUAACAGCAGGUCAAGCUUUAAACUUAUUCGGGCAUUUGAAAAGGUUUUGAAAACUGAAUUAUACUCCUUCUUCGAGUAUAAUAUUGGAAGAAGACGUAAUGCCCUACCGGAUGAGUAGAAGAACGAAUACUUUUAUGCAGGCUUCCACGAAACAUGAGUAAUUUCUAAGAGCAUCGAAAAGCCAAAUAUAAAAAUGCAUGCUAGUUAAGUAGUAAUUUAUUUACAGAUUCUUUUUCGCUUACAGUCGUAAAGAAGUUCAUUCGAAAGCCGGCAUCCUGAGGUAGCUGACUUAUUAUAAAAGUAUGCUGCAUGAGGAUUAGUUCUACAACCCUACUUAAGUAAUCUUUUUCGGAAGGAAAAUGCAUUUCGAAAUUUCGGCUGACAUCUCAUGAGUUAUCCCAGCUACAGUAGGCCAAUAUGAUUAUUCAACAUCUGCUAAAACAUUUUUAAAUUGCGUGAACCUGGUAGUCAUCUGUUGGAUUCUAAGCGAAUAGUUUAGGAAAUACUGCCUAGGCAGUCAUAGUACUGUAUCAGAUUUGAUGGAUUCCUGACGUUGCAGUAGGCUGGUGGGGCAACUUGAACCAAAUGUGAUUAAAUUCGCGUCUUUCGGUGGGACCUCGUAGCUCAGGGGGCCAAAGCGUAGGCAGAACUGAAGCCUGAUGUUCCAAAUUUUUUUACAGCUGAGUCAAUAUGAAACGUGCCAAAAUACAGAAAGACAGAAGCAUCUAAAUUCCAUCGACGGCAGUGUGGCAUUACCUAGGCUAUGUCAAUUGUUAACGUUAAUUUCGACCUAUUAUCAGCCAUUUUAGGCACAUAUUAACUGACGGAACAUUCUCAAGGCCGGAAACCUCAGCCAAUGUUCGUGAUCUGUUUUCGCUGUUCGUUUUCGAGCGUGAUGGCGCACUAUCGCUAUAGAUCCAGCAUUAGCGAAAAUGGGCAGGAACAGGGAUUAUCAGGGCGCCGGUUGUAGUUGGUACUCCUUUAUGGGACAACCAAUUUAACGAAAAGACCGGUACGAAAUCUAAGCAGCGGUGUUCAAUCCAAAUAGAAUUCUCGCCAAUUUGUUUUCGGUAUAGAAUUUGAAGUCCACGCAGUUAUCACCGACGAACAGUCUGGAAAAGAACCAAAUUAAUUCGGAACAUUUUAUCAAGUGUCGUAUUUUCACACAGGUCGUCCCCAGCCAGUCGAAAUAUGAGAAAUCUGGUUACAAAUUCAAGCUUUAUGUGCACGUUCAUGAGGAGCAUGGCGAUAAAAUUUAAUGCAAUUUGUUGUAGCAGAAAACUUAUGCUUAGGCCGUGGCAAGAUAGUUUUUCGCAUUAAAUGGCUUGGUUUGCGUGCAAAUACAGCAUGAAAUCGCGACUGAAGUGCAUCAUAGGUCCAAAAGUAAACGCUCCGUUCUUCCCUCCAUUCCCAGGAAUCCUUCGAUUAGAGGCAUAGUCAACGUUCUCUUCUCAUAUCUUACUGCAGGAAAAUCGGUAAGAUGUGGCUAUGUAGCCCGACAUGGUGGACACAAUACUAUAAUGCUUGGAGCUAGAGUUAUUGGUUAGGCUUAGGGUUUAUGGUUGGGGUAGAGGAUUAUGGGUCAGAGUCAGGGAUUAGGACAACCAUUUCUCAACCACUCAUAGUACAACCGCGAAUUUCCAAUGGCCUUUCAUUUGCAAACAACCACUUGACUUCGUCGCCGGUGCGUUCUCCAGUCCCACCUGUAAAAUCCCCUAUAACCACCGGUAUCGUAUUAUAGGUGGCUGGGGUAUGUUUACUUUAGGCAGGGCUACAAAACCACAUCUGACCGUUUCACGAAUUCGCUCAUUGUGCUUCUCUCCGUGAAUAUGCCGAACAUGCAUGUCAAGCUUGCGAGCCUGUAGUUUGUCGCCGACACCUACUACCGUUACUCUCUAGAGGAAUAAUAUGUUCCAAUUUCCAAUGCCCAGGAAGUGAUGCAAUGCUAAGCGGACUUUCGAGAAUAAUUGCACGAGGCAUGGAAAGAUCACUGAUGAUUUCUCUGAGUAGCAUGGCCUGAAUGUCACCCGAUUUUCUGAUCAUGUGAAAUUGUUAUAGGUUUGAAACCAGCUGUCAAACUUCUAAAGGGGUUUUCAGAAAGAAAGAUUCUGCACAACCAAUCUGUUGCAAUCUCUUUAGAGCUGGAUAGGAAUUUCUGAUGAUAUUCGAGCGGUCCACACCGCUUUUAUUGACUUUUAGAAGGCGUUUGAUACGGCUUUACACGAAUGACUCCUCUACAAACGUGAGACAAGCGGGACCAGAGGAGACUUUCUCAAGUGGAUAAAAUGUUUCUCAUGACUCGACGAUACAGUCGAGAUCAGCGUUCGUCGGGGUUCCGGACUAGGGUCCAUUUUAAUCCUAUCGUACGCGCAUGCUUGAUUAACACGUCUGAACUGCAAAACCGUCGUGUUUGCUGAGUGUAGGCAGAUCGGCAGCGCAAUUCGAAUCACUUCCAACAAAGACAAAUAGCAGACCAUCCUGAAUCACCUGAAGCCUCUUUGGUUUAACGUUCAUACUUGUAUCAUACUUAUUCUAGGCAACUCAGUCAGACCCGCCGACAGAAAACGGCUAUUUCCCCAUUAGGAAAACUCUGAAAGACGCAAUAGCUCGAAAUGCUCUCCAGUCUCCCUUGUCUUUGUCGGUUAUGCCAUUCUGACCUCAUCUUCUAGUCGGAGAAGCGAAAGUGUGGACGAGUGAGGCGAAUGCGCACAAGUUACUGAUGGGUCAACUUCGAGAAGCCAUGACGAUUCCUGGUGUACCCGACGGUCUAAAUUUCAGUAGGUAUAUGUGAUCAACGCAGGUGCCGCAAGUGGGCAGCCGGAGGUUCCCAAAUCAAGAUUCAGGAAGCGAGGAUUGGAUGGACAACCCUUACUCUGCGGCUGGGAGUGAAAAACCCUCCACAAGGCAGCGGCAGUGACUGUUUAUCUAACUAAGAGGCUACCCCUUAAUGUUAUCUGCCGAGGUACAGUACGUGGGUUAAAUCAUACACGGCCAACCUAAAUUCCGAAAUGUAUUUUCGUUUCGAAAUGGGUUAACUAAUCAUCGUGCAGCAUAAUUCUAACAUAAUUCAUCAACCUCAAGACGCCAGCUUUCAAAUGAAUUUUAUUUUCGGCUGCGGGCAAAAACUACACUCUAUAAGAAUGCCUACUUACGUAGCAUGCAUUGUUCUCAUUGAUGUUCUAUACCGUUAGCAAUUCAAUCAUAUUUCGUAAAAAAACAUGCAUACUUAUAUUCAUUCUUCUAAUCAUUCGGUAGAGAAUUACGUCUUCUUCCAAUUUUACACUCGAAGGAUGGGUAUAAUUCGGUUUUUAAAAAGCUUCCAAUUGUGAGAUUUUUCAACACCGCAAAAUGGCCGUUCAUAAAGCAUGAUGUCUCUGCAUCUACCCAUGUAACUUGCAAAUUUAACAAUAUGGCUCAAAUUCAUUGCUAAAUUCUAUUAACCCCAUAUGGUCCCUUAUUAAUGCUGUGGAGAAAUGUAUGGCUUUACGUACAUCUAAACUUACGGCUUGUGGCUUGGAAACCCUGAAUGCAAGUGUACCAGCAGAUCCGGGUUCAAAUUUAUUCCGAAAUUAGAAAAGAUUUUGAAAACCUAGAUAUACCCUUCCUUCGAGAACAAAAUUGAAAGAAGACGUAUUUCUCUACCAAAGGAUUAGUGAAACGCAUAUUAUUAUUCAUUUUUACCGUUAAAUACGAUUAAAUUUCCAAGGGCAUCGAAUAUCAAUGCAUGCGUCGUAAGUUGCCAUUUUUUACAGAUUCUUUUUUGCCUACAGCCGGAAAGAAGUUCAUUCGAAAGCCGGCAUCCUGAGGUAGCUGAAUUAUUAUAAAAUUAUGCCGCAUGAGGAUUACUUCUACAACCCUACUUAAGUAAUCUUUUUCGGAACGAAAAUGCAUUUCGAAAUUUCGGCCGACAUCUCAUGAGUUAGCCCAGCUACUGUAGACCAAUAUGAUUAAUCAACAUCUGCCAAAACAUUUUUAAAUUGCGUGAACCUGGUAGUCAUCUGGUGGAUUUUAAGCGGAUUGUUUAGGAAAUACAGCCAAGGCAGUCAUAGUACUGUAUCAGAUUUGAUGGAUUCUAGACAUUGCAGUAGGCUGGGCGGGUAACAUGAGCCAAAGUUGAUUAAAAUCCCGUCUUUCGAUGGGGUCUCGUUGCUAGUGUGGCCAGAGCAUUGGCUGUGCUAACGCCUUCCUUUUGCUGUCGUGGGUCCGAAUCCCAACUAAGCGUUGAAUUCUUCACAGUUGUGUCAUUAUGAAGUAUUCGAAAUCCGCCAAAACAUCUACGGAUGAUAAAAUUGUGGACUAACGAGCCAUUAUCACUUCAAUUACGACCCCAGCGACGAUCGUGAGAGUUGUUACUUAUAGUACGCAUGUGGCCCCACGUGAGCUGCAGUGCGUGACCGAUCUCAUGAAAUGUUGUAGGAUUAUCUAUGUGAGGUUCUAAUAUUGAUUAUCCUGCAGCAUAACUUUAUAGUAUUUCGAACUUGCCAGGAUGUCGGCUCUUGAAUACACUUCUUUCCCCCUCCUUCAGAAACCGCACUCGGUAAAAAUGGAAUUCUUAAUAAGCGUGAAUUUUCGCAUUAAGUUUUGAUGGUCUUAUAAAUUUAAAUAUAUUUUAUAGAAAAUAUGCACAAAAUAUGCUUACUUUUACUCGUUUGGUAGGAAAUCACGGUAUCUUCGCAUCUUAUACCUGAAGAAAGUGUAUAUUUAGAUUUUGAAAAAUUUUCCUAAUUUUUGAAUAAUUUUGAGUCAAAUCAGAAGGUUCGUUAGCAUUUAGCGAUUUCACUGUACAAAGUAUAUGCUUUCCGAGUGAGGAAAAUCAUAUAUUCCUCUAUGCCUUUUAAAAAGGUACUAUAUAGAUUUCGUAAAAUGUUGCGAUGGAUUCGGAUCAUGUUGUAUAUUUCAUAAUGAGCAUUGAUAAACGGACAUGCACGAUGCUGUAUGGAUAGACAUCGCACGGCCUCAAAGAUCUCAUAAUUAGAAACUUUUUUUAAACCGAAAAUUAACCUUUCUUAGGGUAUAAAAUUUAAAGAAAACUUGAUUCUCUACCGAACGCUUAAAAGUAAGCAUAUUUCCUGCGUGUCUUCCUUAAAAUAUAAUUUAAUAAGGCCAUCGAAAAUCAAUGCGAAAAGUGAAUGCUAUUUAAGUUGUCAGUUUUUGCGGAGUGUGAUUUCUGCAGGAGUGCUAAAAGUAGUUCAUUCAAAAACCGACAUCCUGGAGAGUCCGAAAUACCGUAGGAUUAAGCCCCAAAAUAAUCAGUAUUACAGUCCCACCGAAGCAAUUCUUCCAAUUCGAAAAUGCAUUUCAGAUCGGUCACUCACUGUACGUACUACAAAUUCUGCAAUCCUUGUGCGUCCACUACCUUUAUCUGCGACUGUCUCUGAUGAUGGGUUCGAGUGAGAAUCCAAAACGUCAUGCCAAUAAACUUCUUGUCCCGAUGACUUCAUCUUCUUCAUCUUCCAACCUGCUUCCUGGAAGUCGCUGUUUGCUUCUGUCCGAAAUAAAACUGUUGUUUGCCCUGUGUUUCACGUCCACUUUUGAGACGGCGACAGACGGAUGGAGAGGGCAGUACUUGCAGAAUGCCGUCGCUAUGUCAAAACACCCUAACAAGACUCACAACUGCGUACCUAUUAACCAUAUUUUAAUUUUUAAUGGCCGUGAUUCCGGUACCGGUUUGGAAGACUGCAUAUACUUUUUUGAUAAGUUACCUCAUAAACACAGUCACCGCAGGGAAUGUUCACCUACAUGCUGUCCUGUGAUGAAUGAGGCCUCCCUCGUCGUGUCAGCAUGGAAUACGGUGAGGGAAGAUUCUCGCAUUUUUUGAGUCCAAUAACCAUAGAGUAAGCAUUUAGUCUUUCAUACGAGGUCUCACCCUCGCGAGAACUCUGGCCUCGUAAGGUGUUAAGGUGUAGCUAAGCCUCGUUGGCAGGGUAUUUCUGCCUCCCCUAUGCAUUUGUUUUGCUCUUACGAAAAACGCUGUUCCUCCCCCCCCCUUUUAUUAUAAAUAAGCUUUCCCUGGGCAGAGGAAAUGCUCAUUCAUGAUCAAGACCACUGUAUUUAGUGGCUGUACCGCUAUGGCAAGCGACUCAGUAAGGAUCAUGGUCGUCUUCAAAACCGACGAUGAAAUCGCAAGCGAUAAAGGCUCGAAUUUUGAAUGCAUGGUUGCUACUCAGUCAAGCACGAGCACCUACACUGAGUACAGAGGCCACUUAUUAUUGCCGGUAUGUGAUGGGAUGGUGACCACGUUCCAUAAACACUGCAUUACCUGUCUAUUGCCAUGCUUGACACUGGGUUGGAAAGUGAAUUCGAACCACCUGGUUAACGGAUUUCCUGUUCUACUGAUUGAUAGUCCCUCUCCUUGAUGUAUGUCCAUUUUGCAAGCGUCGUUCAAAUUUCCACCUUAAAUCUCAUCUGACCGCUAAUCUGAUUGGCUCUGUAUGAAAGUCAGGAUAUGCAUCAACCUUGUAGAGAGCUAUUUCAGUUUGGAAAAACGUACACAGAAAAUAUUUAAUGUUAAUUUCCUUUUGCCGCCAUUGGCGCCAAGCACUGGCUAAAAUGAGUCUGUAUUUUUUGUCUAAACAUCUCAUGUUACUUUUCAUCGCUAAGUAGGUGUGCACUGGCUACGAUUCGCACCGCAACAUAAAAGCCAAGAGCAUAUGUGGUUAUUAAAGGCUAGUAAGAGAACGCUAUGAAAAAGCCUCCCUUUAGGCGAUGUGUUAAGGGGAAAAUUAGUAACUUUUUCCAUUUCUUUAUAGAGGAGCCACGAAGGCGCUCGAGGCGACACGAACCCUCCUCGUCAUCAUCAUCGUCUAGGAGCGCUUCGUCUGUAUCAUCGUUUGGUAAUUGUCCCUUUUUCACGAAAUUAUUUGUUUGUUUGUGACCACUUCCACAUUAUGCAUCGUGCCAUCUAUUACUGUAUCCCUGCAAGCGGCGGCCCUCCAAAGGUAGCUAUAUUAAAGUAGACUGAAGGGUUAAAGUGAUGAUUUUAUUAGUGGGUCCCGACGCAAAUAAGGGCGGAUCAGACUUUAACUAUGAUCAGGCACUUCUUGAGUUAGCACUCUGAUUCACUCACCCUACCAGUCAGAAUUUGUCGAAUUCAUUUGUACAUCUAACCACUCUAGCUGGCAAACACACAGUAGAGCCACAGAAGGGCUGUGCAAUGAAAACGUAGGUUGUUUCAGAACAGAAAACCUUUCCAUGGUUUUUGUCUCUGUCCACCGGACAACUGUUUGCGCACCCAGACGGCCAUUAGCAAAUACGUCUCCCCCGAAAUGCCUUUGCAUCGAUUCCGAUUGGUUAGCUUGCCUGAGUGAUCGGGAUGCAUCUUGACACAGCUCUGCACGCAUGAAGACCGAUGCGUUCUUCCGCAUGUCGACCAGAGAAGGAUUUCUGAGCGGAAGCAAGGCCCGUUCUUAUGGGGCCGAUUUUAAUCACAUUAGAGAACAUGAGGCGUUUAGAUGAAUUAAUAGAAGGGGAACCGGCCUCCUGGAAUUCGACUAUUAUAAUUUGUGAUUUCUCGCCUUUCCAAAGGUUCCUUACCGCUGCUAAGGUCAGCGUAAGAUCUUCCAGCAUCUACGGUGGGUCUUUCGGGUGAUUUCCUGUUAAAGCAGAUCUUAGCUGUCCUGCCCAGACGGAUAACGAAAGCAAGGUCGAUUUAACGAUUACGGCGAGUAAGGGUAAUAUGAAGAUAGAGAGUGACCAAAACAAUGUCUGCCAAGUGUGCUUACUUACUUAACGGUUGUCCUGUAAAAAAAAACAUACAACAAGGGAGUGGAGAAGAUGAGAAGUUGCGUUUUUAUCUCAGAAAUGAACUGCAAACUUGAAGUAGGUCAGUAUAUUCUAAGGUCUAUAGGCGCAGACCGAAAUUUGAUGUAGGAAUAUUUGGGCCGAUAUUCAUCGGCCACAGCGGGUAACCGCGUAAUAUUCAUUAACAGCCGACAGGCAGCUAGUAGUAUAUUUAAGGGUUAUAGGAUACCAUUCUAGCAGCACUGGUAUUCGCUAAAAGCCCAGACACGCGGGUUUCGCUGAUAACCUGCCACUGCAUGGCAUAGCAGCGAGGGGUCCAACCAUCCAGUGAGUCCCCCAGCAUUCCCCGUCUUCCAGUUUACAAUUUAUUGCUUUUUAAUUUAUUCAGAAAUUAACUGCGAAAUUGAAGUUGGUCAGUAUAUUCUAAAGUCUAUAGGCGCAGACCGAAAUUUGAUGUACGAAUAUUUUACUCAGGCUCAGAAGUACCGUCAGCUCUUAGUGAGAACUUUCUUAUCACAUGGUGCUGUUGAGGUUUUCCGUCUUAUGAAGGGUGUCAUAUUGUUCGCAUGCCGAAUCAUAUAGCUUUAGCGUGAGCUUCAUAAAUAUUGUAUUUGUCAUCGUGCAAUCUAAAGCUUUGUCUUUUUAAAAUUUGACCGAAAAGCAUUUAUAACGCGCUUUCUCUCUCUCUCUCUCUCUAUAUAUAUAUAUAAAUGGUAGAGGGGCGAUCACCAAUCGUUCGUACGUUCAUGCAUGAUAUAUAGGCAGAAUGGUAUUACCAGUCUCCCUUGUCUUUGUCGGUAAUACCAUAUAUAUAUAUAUAUAUAUCCAUUCUUGCGUCCGAUCUGCUGUCACUGCAAGAUCAUGGUUUGGUCGAGUCCGGCAUAGCAGUUAACGGUUCGUGGUUUGUGUCUUAUUAGGGGCUUGUUUGCUUGGGGAAACCAAUGCGUUGUUGCGCGCAUUCACCCUUGCAAUCCAAUGGGCUGCUUAGUCCUCGCUUCUCGUGCGAACUGCUUUCGGCCUCUUGAGCGCGUCGUAGUUACAAGCUGGCAACGUGAGCUCCGGCUAACUCUUCCCCUUCUGUCCUUGGGUACCAACUGUUGUCCCCGCGUGACUUUGCUUGAUUGCCCUAUUGCUCCUCUCCGAACCGAUUCUAGUGUCAUGUGUUGCCGUUGGUGUGCGGGAUGCAAGCCUAUGGCUUGAUCAAUUGUGCCAACUUUAGGCAUCAGUCUGGCCAUCUUCUCGUUGGCUCGGACGAUGACCCUCGGAGUCUCAAAGACGAAAGUAGGGUUUUACUUUUGUACAUGGCUGAAAACCAGGGAGAGUUUAUCCUCGUCAGCAUACGUUGUCUCGCAGCUUUAGCGCGACAUGCUGGGUGCCCAUAUCAGGUCUUUGAUCCUCAUGGUUUGCUGUCUGGUGGUGGAUCCCCGUUUAUAAGGCACACGGUUACAAAAGGGUUUAGGGAUUAUUACCAACCAGUCGGGAACAUUCUUCACAGAGGAAAACAAGCAAUUCGCGUUUUCCUUCCUCCCAUGGUCUUCACUACAUAUGUUUAUCGUCACCCUGCCUGCUGACAACAAACUCUCGAAAGUUAUCACCGAAGACAGGACCUAACUGGAAAACCUGCUGAUGGACAAGGAAUCUUAUGCGCUUUCGGAUGUCAGCGAGUUCAGAAAGCCUGCAGACAACAUAAACAAGUCGGUGGGGAGGUUAAAAAAGCGAGCGCCCUCACGAGAAGAGGGACACUGUCCGCGAAAGUCACUGACACCGAGAUGGCACGCUUCUAAGGCCUGUUCGAGGAACACAAGGCAGGACUGCCUCUCCGCCGAAUCGCUUCUUUACCUGACGCUCUAACCUUUGGGCUGUCCAAGUGCCUGUACCAGCGACUUUGUUUCUUCAUCAAGAACUCAGAGUGGAAAGGGAAGUCAGCUUAAGAGUGUGUGGCUCGCAUCCGACAUCGGAGGGUGGACGCAGACGAGUUGAUGGCGUCCUUUGACGUGCUCUCACUGUUCACCCGUCGAUACUCUCGACGGCCUUCUCUGAGAAGCGUACGACGAGACCGACCAAAGGCGUAAGCGAGUGCAUAUCAUCGAGCUCAUGGAACUGUGUCUUGAGACUUUCUUCACAUUUAAUGGCCAAGUAUACAAGCAAAAGAAGGAAACGCCAAUGGGCUCAUCUCUGUCUGGACUAAUUGCCAAAACGGUUUGGCAGAGGCUGGAGCGGCUGGUAUUCAGCCCAUACUCUCCGAAGUUCUGGGCCAGAUAUGUUGACGACGCAUUCAUCAUAAUAAAAAGGAGCUACAUGGACGAUUUCAAAGCAGUUUUGAAUUCAAUAUUUCCCGACACGCAGUUGACUAUGGAAGAAGAGGUCGGCAAUCGAUUGCUCUUCCUAGACGUACGUCGCAAAACUGGCGAACGGUAAUAUAAAGACGAUGGUCUACCGUAAGGCGAAAAACACUAGGCGCAUCCUCCACUUCAGAAGCAACCAGCCCGUUGGUCACAAACACAGUUGUGUCAGGACCCUUUUCCAACGCGCCCAAACACACUGCAUCGACGACGAUGACAGGAAGAAGGAGGUAAAGUACUGACAUGCCCUAUUUGAAGCCAACGGUUACCCGAAGUCGUUCAUACGCAAGUGUCUCAGGAUAUCCCACUCUGGGCGGUUGAGCGAGGAGAAAUCAGAGUUAUGGCUCUCAAUCCCCUAGGUAAAGAACGUUUCAGAGGCAACUGCGAGAAUUCUGAAAUCUUUUGGAAUUGGUGUGACCCAUAAACCAGCAUCGACAAUGAGACAACAGAUCAUGAGGCCCAAAGACCCGCUGCCGCGGACAGAAAAUUCAGCGGUGGUCUAGAGCAUAACAUGCCAAGAUUGUGGUGCAAGGUAUGUUAAGGAAACGGGAAAACGCCUCGGCACAAGAUUGCACGAACACCAACUUGCAAUCAAUGGCAAGGAUAAGCUGCCGUUGGUGUAUAGCCAUACAGUAGAGCGGAACCACAGUUUCGCCUUCGAGAAAGCGAAUGUGGUCGGCCGAGCCAAUGAUAAAAUGGCCAGGCCGAUGCUGGAAAGUUGGUCCUCUACUGGCACAUUCAACCGAGCCAUAGACCUACAUCCCGCCUACCAGACGCUCCGCGCAAGGCUCGAGUCAUUCCAGGCAGGGACAGUGGCACGGAUGAAAAGAGUCACACUGUGUCGGCUGCCGACGCUCGCGGAGACAGUGGAAGCAGCUGACCGAAUGUCACGUGACCGGCGCGACACAGUGCCUCACGGACGUACUCUCGAGGCCGAAAACACCACGCCUGAGGAACAACGACCGAUCGGCCCGCCGCCUGACGAGGAGGUAGCCAACGAGCACACCGACGCAGCGGCAACCACGUCCGGCGUGAAAGCGACACAGGGCACGCCAGUCCCCCAAUGGCUCGGAUCAGCGCGGCCAAAAUCAGCCAACAGAAAACAGACUAAUCAACGUUCGUGCGCUGGGCACGGUUAUAAUACGAGGCAGGCGGCAAGGCUGAACAAAUCAAGGCCAGCAGGAAACGCCAGCUAACGACUCUGAUGAUGGAAACGAGAGAGUUUCCGAAACGUCAGUUUAAAUACAAUCUGGCCCAUGAAAUCGCUUUCUCUUCUUCGUCUUCCUCGGGGGAUGAUAAACACGAUAUAUAUAUACAUAUCAUAGCACGCCUGUUUAACAUCAUUAUCUACGUUUCCGUCUUCUAUACUCAUCAUGCAACGUCCUAUGCAUCAAUUUUCUGACAGACUGCUCAGUGUCUUCACACUCGUCCUCGUCCUCGUCCUCAUCCUCCUCAUCAUCAUCCUCGUCUUCCUCGUCAUCUUCGUCCUCCCGCUCUUCUUCUUUCGCAUCGUCAUUCUACAGCCGAUCUCCUUCGCAGUCGUCCAGAGGUCAGUUUGUGAGAUCUCUCCUUCCUCAUCUUCUAGCUUAAUGGUUCACGUUGUUCUAAAUGCUGAAUUAUUUCAAAGGAUAGUACAAAGUACCUCAAAAAUAUGAAGUGGUAACACUCCAAAUUUCACAAAAAACAAGAGAGCAAACCCAUCAGAUAUGGCUACCUUCGGUCGUGGGAGGAGAGAAUGCGGUAGAUGCCGCACAAAGUUGCUCUGCCGUCAACUUAUUCACGAGUAAAUCACUGGAGAUGGACUCACUAUGUGCGGCACACGGUGGAUGUCGUCUCUUACGGCGGUCAAACUGUCGCAUCUAAGUUAUUUGUGUGUGGCAAGCGGUAGACAGGGACUUCAGGUCACGUCCGACACCGCGUUCAAGUCCAUCUGCAAUCACUCUGACUCGCACAGGCCACUGUUUCGGGGGCGAGAGAGGGAGUUGUGAGGUCGGUCCAAAUCAAUGUCUACUCUGGGUCCUCGGCACAAGUAGCCAAAGAAGUUGAGGUCAGAAUUUUAACGGGCGCAUCCCUCUCUGAUGUUUACCGCAGAGACCAAGACGAAUAACGUGGUCGCGUUCCUCGAUGUACUUUUACACAGAAAGGAGGAUGGAUACAUCCAACGCGAGAUAUUCAGAAAGAAAACCUGGACGGGACAAUACAUUAAUUUUAACGGAUUUGUUCCCUUAAAUCUAAAACGAAAUUUAGUCCAGGGACUGGCGGCUAGAGUGCGACGCAUCUGCUCCCCUGAAACUGGUGAAGCAGAACUCCAGCAGCUGCAAAACACCCUCUGCGAAAACGGCUGUCCAGAGCGAUGCAUACUCCAGAAUAUUAGUGAGCUUGUCACAAAACCUGCCGUUGCAACCGCAGAGAAGAAAGACCUAUUUCUAAGGCUUCCUUGUCUAGGAGAUGCAGCAAGCGAAUUAGUGAGAUGUCUUAGGACAGCUCUCGCGAGUGCCUUCCCCACGGCGAACUUGCGCGGAUUCUUCGCAAACUCCCCCCUACUACGGUUGGGGGGCAAAUACCGGCUGCCGUUACAGGCUACAUCCAUGUGUAUUUAUUCAUUCACUUGCUCCUGUGGAGCGGGAUAUAUUGGUCGUACAACGAGGCGUCUGGAAAAGAAAAUACGCGAACAUAUGCCUGCCUGGUUGGGUAGAGGUGAAAAUCGAUCGAAUCCGAGUUCAAUUCUUGCACAUCUAAUCCAUACGAUCCACCAAGCCGACGCUAAAAAAAGUCUUUAAAGUUAUCUAGGGGGAGCCGGCACAUUAGUCUAAAGGCCUGCGCAAACGGGUGCUAGCCACAGCCUAAGCAGUGGCCAUUCGACUAGCGAACCAAGAACUCUGUUGUCAGAAGACGUUGACACAAGCAGUCUGUCUGCCCCGGCCGACUCCAGACGGUGAUCGCACGCCGUCCCAACGCCCUGAGAACAGUCACACGCUCUCACAUAGCUUACAAUCGAACCGAAGCCCCUCUCCUUCCCCCACCUCCCACCCCAUCUCCGCCGUCCUUAACACACUGACUCCGUCAUGCGGGCUGCUUGGGAACAUGGAGUCCGAUCAACCCUGCCCCUGAGACGCAUUUAUAUCAGGUGGACAGUUAGAAUGAUCAAUACCCAUGUAAAUGUAUCGGCCUGAUGAUGAUUUACCGAAAAAAUAUGUUCGUCAGCUGGCUUUGAAAGACGAUUUGUUGCUCAAAACUGAGAAUUAGGUUUCAAUGCUUUCUUUUUCCUAUGGUCUUUCGGUGCUGACGCUCAUAUUGGUUUGAGGACUCCUCAUUAAAUUCUGUAACAUGCAGAGUUUGAGAGCGGGUCGUGUACAGUGAAUGCAGAUUUACUGUUUACCUAUGUCAACAGCUGUGUCCCCGACCGCUUGUACCAAUAUUUUCCGCACGGGCAUGUAGCUAAAUUCGUCGCUGUCGAUAGCCAGUCUAUCACAUCUGAUGUAGCUGUGUAAGUAGACCAAAGCAGCUCAAGAUCUCAUCAGCCAGACUGCACUGAAUCUGGACGAUUUAUUGUCCGCCCACUCAAAAUAUCUAUGCAGACAGAAAUUAUUCAGCAAAUCAGUGUCACUGACAUCUUAAGGAGAGAUAUGGCCAAUCACGCACCUACUGAUCUGAAAUUUCUUCAUCUGUCGGAGCCAAUCAGAAGGGGUCGUUACUUUAUCUGUCUUAUUUACUUACACACUUUAUUUUUACAUUCAGGCUCAGCUGGCGCUCACGUUCAAAUCAACAACAGUGAGUCACUAGUCCGCAUUUAGGGAAUUCACAUGCGCACUUUUAUCUUCUGCAUCGUUUAAACUACCGCUGAUUUUUGUUAUCCGAAGAACAGGCGUUUUCUUUAAAAUGAACUGGCAGCAUACCCUUACUUCAGUAUACGUCCGUAAAAAACAUGCAAGUUAAUCGGUAUUUACUCGUUUUUCCUGGCUUACAGAAGUUUUGCGGAAGCUUAGAGCCAAAGCACGUAAGUUGACGUUUGCAAAAAAUUCAUUUUUAUCGCAUGCUUGACGGGACAUUCCUGUCUGCAGUUAAGCUUUGCAAUUAACAUAGCGUUGAGUAAUCUAAAGUCUAUACAGUUAUGGAAAUCAGUGUUCAGCGACUUGCCUCAUGUUCUACUCUCUUGGUGUUAAUAUAAUCUAAUGGUGAGCGGCAACCUCCACUCUUCCGUCCUUUCAAGUUAUUAAUUUCCUUUUUCCUCUGCUCCAUCUAUGUACUUGUUUUUAAACCUCCGUAUGCCUUCCAAUCAGGACAACUGAGAUUGGCCGCAAAUGGUUAGUUUGGUUCACAGAUCCUCGCAGUUUGUUUUUUUGUUUGAAUGACGGCUAACUUUUUGCACUUUAGAGCAUGUGACUUCACUUAUUAUGAUCUUUUCUACUACGAAACGGAUGUGGCAAAUUUUGCUUCGCUCUAAUCAAGCUUGCAUAAAGGCCACCUAGAGCUAGCUUUGCCUUACAAAGGGACCCUGUCUCAAAAAAUGUAACUAUUUAAUAGAUAGUCCAUCUCAUAAAAUAUUAACCGAAAUUCCAAAUUCCGUUUUCGGUUCGAAAAGAUUACUUAAGAAAGGAUGUCAUAUUAAUUACCGCAUCGCAUAAUGUUAGGAUAUAACAGCCACGUCCGAAUCGUCGUCAGCUUCUAACCAACCGCUUGUUUUCCGUAAAAAUUGACCACUUAAGUGAUAUGGCGUUCCGCAUAUAUUUUCGAUUCCCUUAUUAAUCCAAAUACUUUACGUAGAAAAGAAAUACAAAAAUAUUCUUUUAUUCCCUCAUUUUGGUAGAAAAUUAUAUUUUAUUUAACUUUUGCUUGAGGAAGGAGUGUACUGGGCUUUGAACAAACUUACUCAAUUCUUGAAUGCUUGUGAACUGGAUCUCUCAAUACACUUGCACUCAGAGUUUGCAAACUACCAGCUGUACACUUUUCGUUUGGAGAAAAUCAUUCAUUUCUACAUGUUAUUAAAAUCAAGUAGGACCCAUAAAAUUUUGAACUGGAUGUGGACCAUACUGACCACUCUAUAAUCAGCCUUAAUAUAGACGUUUAUAUGAUGCUGUAUAAUUGGGCAUUUUUGGUCUUGAAACAUCUCAUAACUGGAAACGUUUGGAAACCAAAUGAUGAUAUUUUUGGAGUAUAAAAUUUAAAGAGGACAUAAUUUGCGCCAAAUUAGCGGGUGAAAGCAUAUUUUGGCGCACGGUUUCUAUAGAAUAUAUUCGAAUUUAUAAGCGUCUCAAGGACCAAUGGGAAAAAAUCACAUCGCCCAAGUUUUCGUUGUUAUUGAAUAUAGGCGGUCGAUAAGAGGUUUGUUCGAAAGCCGCAUUCCUGGCGUAUCUAAAAUAACUUUGGAUUAAUGUAUAAAAUAAUUCAUAUAAGAACGCCACUCAAGCAAAUUUUUUCAAAAGGAAAAACCAUUCCAUAGUUUUGAUCAACAUUUCAUGAGAUAGGACAUUUGCUUUACCGUCCUUGAAGCAGCAAGACUUUAACAAAACGACUCUUUUGAAGGUAUUCGGACAAGCGCAUUUAAAAACAACCCAUAACCAACGCACACCUAACAUAAUAACAAUUCCCCAGAAGUUUUUUUUUCUGUUUCUCCCAAUUUAAAAUCUGCUUCUCUCUAGGCGUAUAAUAUAUUCGGUUACAAGUUUAAAACUUCCAUAUUUUGAACAAUUUCAGCCGAAGGAGAUGUUGGGGAGUACAGUCGUACUGUCAAAAAAGGUAGGUGUUGUCCGACAAAGGAUUCUUAUGCGCUUCUGUAUUUCUCCAACAAGUGUCAUGUCAUAAAGUAUGCCCCAGGCCUAUUUUCCUCAAAGAGGAGUGGGUACUAGUCUCAACACUGCUUUAUCAUAAUGCUGCAGAAACUACAAACCUAGUACAUAGCUAUGUCUGCAACAAAACGUCCUAUUGGUGGACACUGUGCUAAGAUAGUUUAUACAAGCGGAAAUGUGAGUUAGAGGAUGCAGCAGAGAAGAUAUAGACCCAAUCGCUGGAACAAUAACUUUAUUCGCCUGACGAUUUCUAACUCUUCAUCAGAAACGGUAUCGGACACGGGUAAAUCAUGCGCAAGGCGUUUUGGUCGUUGUGCCAAUGGACAAUGACAACUCCCCACCUUAUCAAGGACACUUGUCCUUGGUGCGAUUAUUGCUUGAUGGUUGGCAUUCGAGUUGCUAAUCGUCGCAAAUUCGUCAGGCGUGUUCGAUGUAGGCGUGAUGAUUACUCGACUGUCUGGCUCACAAACACUGGUGUUGUUAACAGUGCUGGCCUUCGCGCUCCCCGCGUGGUUAAUUACUUAUGCCACACCAAGCCUCGACACCGAAUAUGGAAAGGGGGUCCUUGCCCUUGCUAAUAGACUGAGGGUGGGGGCAGGAAACCAUGAUUCAGAUAGCACACGGCUCAUGCGACUGUCAACACACGAUAACACUGCCAAUGGUAGUGAAGAGACGAGUCCCAGAAAAUAGUCUUGAAGAAGGCGACACGAUCGCUGGGACAAGAGCUUUAUUAUCCCGACGUUUCGGAUUCCUGUUCGAACCCAUCAUCAGAGACCAAAAGCAGAUACGGGUGGCUCAUACACAAGGGACUGCACUAUUUAUGGGAUGCAGUUGCCAUGCCACUGCAUACCUAUGAAUAUUCACGGUUUCCCUCUUCAUCAGGGAUCGUUGCACGUUGUGUGAUGGCCGCCAUUCGCGUCGUUAAUUGCAGCAAUUUCAUCACGUGCGUUGGAUGUUGGUGUGAUGAUUGCUCGACCAUCUGACGCGCUGACCCUGGUGUUGGGAGAAGUGUUCACCUGUGCGCUCCCCGCGUGGCCAAUUACCGCGCCUAGGCGAAAUCUCAGCACCGAGUACGGAAGGGGAAGAUCAUUGCACUUGUUAAUGGACUGCGGACCAGUAAACCGGGAUUCAAGUAGCUCUCGACUCACGCGGUUGUCACCUCUUGCGAGAAUUUCGGCCCCGUCGAAUUUGAAUGUGUUGCCGUAUCUAAUCGAAUGAGCCGCAAGUUGAGUGCUGGCGUUAUUUCUCCACACCGCAGCAGUGUGCUCGGCCAUUCGCGUCCAGGGAGGUCUUCUAAUCUUUCCGACGUAUUCGCCUUGUCAGAAAUUGCACAAGAUCCGUUAUACGGGAAUGAAUCCCAAAUAUCAGGCGAAUUGAACUCUCGUCCCAACAAUCGGAUCCACCUCUUCUCAACUGUUUCAAGAGUCUCAGUGAUAAUAUUACCUACCCAAUCUUCUAACACCAUCUACCGGUACUCGUCGAUCGACCGAGUAACUGUCUGUCUCUAAACAAUAUAGAAUUUGAAAAGUGUUCGGACCGUUGUAUAAAAUGGCAGGUUUGAAAGAACCUAGCACAGACUCUCUAGUGGAUAUGUCAAACAGCAAGCACGUUUGUUGUGCCUGCCUAUGAAAAAGGAAGAAAAUACGUCCACCGGAAAGUGUUCACUACUAGGCACGAACUGUGUGCGUGAACUGCUUAUGUUUCCCUAGAAUACCUUAAGAAUGCUAGAACUGGUUAAACGUGAACCCCUUCAAGCGUCUUAUCUUGAAUCAGACAGCUGUCUGCUCUGUGCGCAUGCGCCUAUUGCCAUACCAUACCCGCAGGACGGGCGCUCAGAUUGCAAUAAACCCACCGUGUCAAUCACAAAGCAUGGAACCCCAGAAAUUCUCACCGGCAGCAGCGGUGUCUGCAAUCGUGCUGUCUUGCAUCCAACGCCUGUCUGGCGGAGCCUUCUGUUUCCCAUAAAAUGCAUCAAGUCAUUAGGGAGCUAAAUAGCUGAGCCGUCUGUGUGAUGCGCUCGCCCUACAAGUGGUUUACCUGUGGAAGGUUCUGUCACGAACGGGAUAUCCGAGUCUUUCUUUCAUUGGAGUAUACUGGCCGGAGAAAUCAGGUCGUGUUUGACACCCGUAUAUGGGCUCCCUACAUUUGUGUUCCAUUGCACCUGAACCUUCCCUCGGUCGUUUUGACAUUGUGUGCCCACCCUAAGCCUGGGGCGUGAGUGAGGCGAGAGUGCAGAAGGUGGUGUGCAAGUCCUUAGUACCGCGCCUACUCCACUGGCCACACAGUGGAUGCUGUCACCCGUGCCAUUCAAACUGCCAAGUCAGUAUUCCGGGGAAGAGGAAGUAACCCUUCAGACAACCCUCAGCAUGUUAUGUUAAUGAUAAUUUCACGGAAUUCUUCCGUGUUUAAAUUUCACAACUCCAUAGUUCCACACAAGUAAGGUCGCCCACAUGGCGAUCGCUGACCCGUUACUGAGCAGAAGUCAGCCAGAUAAGUCCACUAUAACAACUUUCUUGCGGUGAUUCAGAUCUUGGUACGCAACUUAAACACUAGCUGACUUUUGCCAAACCUGAUAACUGGAAUUUAAGUGCUUAGUCAAAGUUUUCAAAAUUAAGAGACUGCAUACACACCAAUUAAACCAGCAAAGUACGAUUCUCCAAAAAAUCCGUGCACAUAAUUAGAUAAAAUGAUAUCUAGACAGCAUUAAUGUACAUAUGACGAAUAACCUCGGCUAGAAUGCUUUGUGGUUAAAUCGUGUCGUCCUCGAAAAUAUCUUGUUAGUCGAAAAUACACUGGUGCAUGCAUCUACGCACUAAUAGUUUUUCUAUAAAUUGUCCCUUGUGUAACGCUCUUCCAGUACUCUUAUAAAGUGCUAUGAUAGUAAAAUUCUAAAAAUACCAACCUACUGUUUUACCUUUGUGUAGAUAAAAACGGAAACAAUUGGGUUUAUGAAACAAGUAAGUCGAGGAUUUUGCAAAAAUCCUUUUCAAUUUUAAGUUCGUAGAUGUUUCGGCAAAUUUUAAAUAAUUCAGUUUGUACCAAUGAAAGACUCGGCGCCUUGGUUGGGUUUGGACCCACGACAGUAUGGUGAGGUUUUAGUACUGAAAACGCACUAGCCACCUGAGCUACGAGGUCCCACCGGGAGACGAGAGGCGUGUACGGCAUGACGAUUGGUUACUCCCCUAUCUCACUGCUUCAGAUUUGUUGAGAUGUUCGCUAUUCAACUGAUGCUUAAUAGCUUGUCGAUGUAAAGCAUUCGCACUCCAAAUAUACAUGACAAGUACCAAUGAUUUUGGAAUGCAGCAUCUGCGAGGGUAGCGUAGAAGCGUUUUUCACUCAUGGAACGGCGUAAAUCCCGUUGGAUAAUAAUUUGUGAACCGCAGUCGGUAAUGUACUUACUGAUACAACUGAACUGGACCUUUGCGAAAACCAAAAUCACAGCUUAACCUUAGAAUCUCUUAAAUCAAGAAUAAAGUCAUCAGUAUAGGCGCCAACGGACUUUGGAGAUAAUUAAACCGGAUUUUACUAAAUGCUUGUUUUACUGACAAAUUAACUUCUUCGCCUUUCUAGGGGUCUAUAGAAAAUCUCCCAAACGUAAGUCACAGCAUGGUCCACAAGGUUUUGCGCAAAACUGUUUAGCUUCCUCAUGAUCAGUCAUCCUACCCUUUUGAUCUUCCAUUUUAGGUGGUAAGGGCCGUAAACGAAAGUGA